AUGAGUUCCUAUUUUGUGAAUCCCACUUUCCCCGGGAGCUUGCCCAGCGGCCAGGACUCCUUCUUGGGCCAGCUGCCCCUCUACCCAGCCGGCUAUGACGCGCUGAGGCCCUUCCCGGCCUCGUAUGGGGCGUCGAGUCUCCCGGACAAGACAUACACCUCACCUUGUUUCUACCAACAGUCCAACUCGGUCCUGGCCUGCAACCGGGCAUCCUACGAGUACGGGGCCUCGUGUUUCUAUUCUGAUAAAGACCUCAGUGGCGCCUCGCCCUCGGGCAGUGGCAAGCAGAGGGGCCCCGGGGACUACCUGCACUUUUCUCCCGAGCAGCAGUACAAACCCGACAGCAGCAGCGUGCAGGGCAAAGCCCUCCAUGACGAAGGCACCGACCGGAAGUACACGAGUCCUGUUUACCCUUGGAUGCAGCGGAUGAACUCCUGCGCUGGUGCGGUCUACGGGAGCCACGGGCGCCGAGGCCGCCAGACCUACACGCGCUACCAGACGCUGGAGCUGGAGAAGGAGUUCCACUUCAACCGCUACCUGACGCGGCGCCGCCGCAUUGAGAUCGCCAACGCGCUCUGCCUCACUGAGCGCCAGAUCAAGAUCUGGUUCCAGAACCGCCGUAUGAAGUGGAAAAAGGAAAAUAAACUCAUCAAUUCCACACAGCCCAGCGGGGAGGACUCUGAGGCAAAGGCGGGCGAGUAGACGCCUGGGCAGAGACCAGGCCAGCGCUAGAACCUCCYUCAGCUUUGCCCCUUUGCCCUUGCCUGCUCCCUAAACUUUUCUCCCCGCCUGCUCCCAUCCAGGGGCUUCCACAGCUUUGGGGGGUGCCAGGAGCUUUGCAAGCCCUGAGCGUUUAUUUAUUACAAAAACCAAGAAACCCACACACGGCAAAUCCCAGCGGUCGAGCGGGGAGCACUGUACACACACAGGCCUGUUCCCCAAGGCUACCCAAGACGGCUCCGGGGUCCCAGGGUGCACUCAGAAUUCGUCUAGGCCCCUGUUAGCAUCUCUGUGCUCUCUGAGCUCAGAAUUCGGGGUGGCCAGAAAGAAAGAGCCCCAGGCUGUGCCCGGUUUGGUGUUUGGGCAUCUUUGCCGGCUGCCCCUCACCAUUAAUUCCUGACGGGUAUCACCAAGUCAUCUCUGGCCACUAGAAAGACAGGGCCUAAGGGCUGGGGCCCCAGCUUUUUGGCGGCUUAUGAGGCUGCCCCCAAACAGGAAGAAGCUCCAGGAACAAAAGGGCCACUACAGAGUCCAGUCUCUCAGGCCGGCGCACAACCGUCAGUGGAAAAGCAGCAGCCUCAGUCGUGAACAGCCAACCUGGGAGCCGGUGGAACAUUACAGCCCUGGAAGCAACUGGACUCCCACAGGCUCCCACUCCAGAUUCCAGAUUCUUGCCUCCGACAGCGCUGGCGCCGCCACCAAGCGGCUUUCAGAACACAACAAGGGGGCCCAGGGCCAUGGGAGCAAGAAGAGUCCUGGCUUCCAAACGUGCCAGGGGCGCCUCGGAUGCUGGGCCUCCAGUGGGGAGACUCCCCUCGCCUCUUAGUGGUAUUUGUGAUUUACUUUCGUCUUUCAAAGCCCAGAAAAAUAACUGCGGAGAUACUAGGCACCGCUGCGAAAUGAUUCCAUUAACUUCCUCAUUUCAUUCCUGGAGGUCUAAGCAAGACCCCAAUAACUCGACCCGCGGACCCGUAGGCCCCAAGCAGCCUCUGUGGUUGAGGGAAGCGUGGACCCAUUCGCUGGGUUCACCGAGAACCCUCCGACUUGGGCCCGGGCUAGCUCGAGGAAGGCAACCCGGUGGUGAAGAUUCUCCAGGCUGGAUACGUAAGCAAAUCAAAUAGGAAACUAAUGACACGAAAACCAUAUUUACAAGAAAGAAAAAAUCGACUCUAGUUAUAAAAGUGUAUGGAAUUUGACCUUGCCUCGAAGAAACACUACACAAAAGCUAUCUUUAAUAGACGCCUGUCAUUUAAGAGCGGCAGGGACACUGUCCCUCA